GGUUUGCCUGCUGGUUGCCACAUGCUCCUUGCACUGAGCCCCCUGUCUGUCUCUCUGCCUUGGGUGAACUGGUGUCUGGUCUGAUUAAGGCCAAUAGUCGCUGAGUUACACAAUCGCUUUCAGUUUCCGAGCCCUGCCUGCCUGCCUGCCUGCUCGCUUGCUUGCCUGGUGGCUCCCCGCCCACCGCUGCUCUCUACUGCCUGCCUGCUUGCCUGCCUGGCUGUUGGACGGACUGGGGCAGAUCCGAGCCGACCAGUUCCGUGUUCUCUCCUCUCCCAGUAGGCUACAAGGACCAGCCUGAGCAAGAGGACCCGGCAGUGUCAUGGUGGACAUUCCUGUCCAGCCGCGGCACCCAUAACUCCGGGGACAGAGGGAAAGUGUGGCCGGAGGUGAGGGUAACUUCAGUUUGCAGUUCAAAGGUCAUCGGACACCUCGCUGUCACAGAUUGUCACCAAGGGAAAGAAGACGCCCACAGCAGCACUAAAAUGAUGUGCGGUCGGAUCGGAAAGAGGCAACCGAGUAGAUGUCCUUGGCCUCAGACUCGUCAGCUGACCUUUGACCUCUCCCUCAUGGAUUAAAAAAUGGCACUGUGGCAGGGACGGGGAGGAGAGUGAGACAUCUUACUCUCUGGAACUAAACAAGCUUGUUUUUCUGAAUCAGGACAACACAGACUGGAUGGACUGGUUACCUUUUUUGUUUUAAUGGUACUAACAUUGUUCAAUGACCGCGGUCUCAGAUCUGAGAGGGAGAUGUUCUGAAAGUAAAAGUGACUACGAAAAAGAAAAGAAUGGAGAAGGAUUUCACACAGGAGCAUCUCUCAUCUCUCUCAUGACUUGUGGAUAGUUAACACAUGCAUCAUCCUGGACUGACAUUAGCCAGUGUUUGCAACUCCAAACUCAUCUUGACAGAAAACCUAACCAAGCUCUAGCAGGCAACUUCAGCCUGUAACUGCAAUUUUAUGUGUUGGUCAUUGUCAUGAAUGGAUGUCUGACUCUUCUAAGACAAGGAGGUGACAUUUCCUUUUGGCUUUAAACUACAACUCUUGACUCUGGCUCAGUGUCUUGCUGCAGAAGUGCUUAACUACUCCAAACAUGGCUGCUACAGGAAGGAGGUACUUUGUGAGAGACUUUAACCAUUUCAUCACCUGUUACCUGUGUAGAGGAUACCUGAUCAAACCGACCACAGUCACCGAGUGCCUGCACACCUUUUGUAAGAGCUGCAUUGUGCAGCACUUUGAGGACAGCAAUGACUGUCCUAGAUGUGGCAUUCAGGUCCACGAGACCAACCCCCUGGAGAUGCUCAGGUUGGACAACACCCUGGAGGAGAUCAUUUUCAAGCUGGUGCCUGGCCUCAGAGAAAAGGAAGAACAGCAGGAACUGGAAUUCUGGAGGAAGAACCAGCCCAAAGAAAACGGCCAAGCGGAAACCUUGAUGUGUCAAAGGCUCAGGCUGCCAGGUGUUGAUGAUGGUGAUGGUGACGGUGAUGGUGGUGGUGAUGACGAUGAGGAUGGUGGCAAUGACGACUACCACAGGAGUGACCCUCAGAUAGCAAUCUGCCUGGACUGCCUACGCAACACAGGACAGUCAGGAGAGAGCACUGUCUCGGAUUUAAUGAAGAGGUUCAUUCGCUGCUCCAGUAGAGUCACCGUGGGAACAAUUAAGAAGUUUCUCAGUCUUAAACUAAAGCUGCCCAGCUCUUACGAGCUUGAUGUGCUGUGUAACGGAGAGAUCAUGGGCAGAGAUCACACUCUGGAGUUCAUCUACAUGACCCGAUGGAGGCUACAUGGAGAGAAUACGUAUCCCAUGGUUCUUGAGUACCGGCCACGAAUCGACUUUGGCUGAACCACAGAUGCAAGAAGAAGACCGUACACACACUUGAACAUACACCCCCCCCACACACACACACACACACACACACACACACACACACCGACACAUACUCCUGCAGAAGUAUGAGUGCAGAAACAGCUAAGAGUAAACAAAUAUCCAUACAUGUAAGCGCAAACCCCGACAUACAUGUGCCCAAAACGUGCAGAGAAAGAGAUUUAAAUGUAUUUUUGUACAGCCAAUGAUGAAGUGCUUAUGUUGUUAUGGUAAAGAGGUUUUAUGCUACAUAGAAUAAUAUAUGCUAUAAUAUAUAUGAUAUUUUUAAAUGUAUGUCCCUGUGCCUAAAAACCUGUUGAGAAAUGAAGUAUGACCAUAUCUUCACUUUGCCUGUCUAACUCUGUAGAUUAAAUGUUGAUUUUCUACUGUU